AAAUUUUUAUUGAUAUAUAAAUUGUUUUAUUUCAUAUUUUAUUUUUAUUAUUAACAUAUACUUAUAUUUUUUAUUGUGAGACAUAUUUAUAUAUUAUUGAAAGUAAUACGCGAUAAAUAUUCGAUAUUUUCAUAUAUAAUAUUUAAUACUAAAUAUUAUAUAUAAAAAUUAUGAAUUUAAUUUUAUUUAGAUAUAAACAACAUUAACCAAUCAUACAAAUUUAUUUUAAGAAUUAUAUUGGAAAAUAAAAAAGUAAUUAUAAUCAGUAUAAUUAUUGAACUGGUAGUACCUUGAUAUUGAAUGUUAAUAUUUAUUACAAUUUCAAAGAUCGAUAUGGUUUUCUUAUCUCGUAUUGAUAAUCAGUCAUUUCUGUGUAUAACAAUUGAAGAAUGUUAGAAUGUAAGUCAUUCUUUGAAUCAAUGAAAAUCAGUAAUACUGAUAGUGACGCGUUAUUGAAGUUAUAAAAAUAUUUUUGAUUCAUAACCAUAUAAAUUAUUUUUUUUUUAUAAUUAAUUUAUAUUUAUAUUUAUUGUUGCUGCGAACAAUGAAGCAAGGAAUUUUUUUUUUUAAUAUAUUACAUUAAUAUUUGACUGCACAAAAAAAGGAAUAAUGUUGAACAGUGUAAUAAAACAUAUUUUGCAUUGUUCCCUAUUAUUUAUUGUUAUAAUUGUAUUUGAAUUAAUCACUGGAGGACUUAGGUGGAAUAAUAAUAAGAAAGAAAUAUUUGAUCCAUGGGUUCAAUAUGGAUUUCUUGGUGCACUUAUAUUAUACUUGUUACGGACUCUUACAUUUCUUUCUUUUCCACAAGCCUUAUUUAAUUUUGUUGGAUUAAUAAUAUACAAUGCAUUCCCAGAUAAAAUUGUGUUAAAAGGUUCACCAUUACUUGCACCAUUUGUUUGUAUUAGAAUAGUAACACGUGGAGAUUAUCCACAAUUAGUAAAAGCAAAUGUGAAAAGAAAUUUAGAUAAGUGUAUAGAAAUUGGUUUGGAAAAUUUUCAAAUUGAAGUAGUUAGUGAUAAGCCAAUUGGAUUAACUCCUCAUAGAAGAAUUAGAGAAGUUAUAGUACCACCGAAUUACCGUACAAGUAGUGGUGCUUUAUUUAAAGCUCGUGCUUUACAAUAUUGUUUAGAACAUUCAGUAAAUGAAUUAGCAGAUAAUGAUUGGAUUGUACAUCUUGAUGAAGAAACUUUACUUACUGAAAAUUCCAUUCGUGGAAUAUUAAAUUUUGUAUUGGAUGGGAAGCAUCAAUUUGGACAAGGAUUAAUAACAUAUGCAAAUGAAGAUGUUGUUAAUUGGAUUACUACUUUAGCAGAUAGUUUUAGAGUAGCAGAUGAUAUGGGAAAAUUACGUUUACAAUUUACAAUGUUUCAUAAACCUUUCUUUAGUAUGAAAGGUUCUUAUGUUGUCAGUCAAAUGGGUGCAGAAAAACAAGUUUCUUUUAACAAUGGAUUAGAUGGAUCUAUUGCAGAAGAUUGUUUUUUUGCAAUGAAAGCAUUUACCCAAGGGUAUUCAUUUAAUUUUGUAGAUGGUGAAAUGUGGGAAAAAUCACCAUUUACAUUAUGGGACUUCAUACAACAAAGAAAAAGAUGGAUACAAGGUAUAUUACUUGUUGUACAUUCCAAAGCUAUUCCCUUAAAUAAAAAGUUGCUCCUAGGUAUAUCUUGUUACUCAUGGGUAACAAUGCCUCUUUCUACUUCAAAUAUUAUAUUAGCUGGAAUUUAUCCUAUUACUUGCCCUCCACUUAUGGAUUUUUUAUGUGCUUUUGCUGGUGCAGUAAAUAUUUAUAUGUAUAUUUUUGGUGUAGUUAAAUCUUUUUCAUUAUCUCGAUUUGGUAUUGCUCGAUUUAUACUAUGUAUAUGUGGAGCAUUAUCAACAAUUCCUUUUAAUUUAAUCAUUGAAAAUGUUGCGGUUAUAUGGGGAUUGUUUGGAAAGAAAUAUAAAUUUUAUGUUGUUAAUAAGGAGUACAAACAUGAUGUAAAUAAGGAACCAAUUACAGUAUAAAAAAGUAUUAAAAUCUCCAAUAUAUUUAAAAGAA